ACUGCAGAUUACUCAAACGCCUAUCUGUGAAUUUUCCUGAAUCUUCCCAAGCUACUAAACCCUGGUCAUAUAGCUACCUGCUGUUUAUUUUAUUAUUAAUUAUUUGAAACAUGCAUUUUCUGCUUUAAAACGGUUGGGUUUGUCAAUAUUUGACCCAAACAUGCGUUGAAGCAACCCAGUGUUUUUAAAGCGUAGGCUAGGCCUCUAUUGGAAAAAGCACUAUACAAAUAAAUGUGUUGAAUUGAACUGAAUAUUAUGGUUAAAUGAUAACAAUGAUUAAUCAUUCAUUUUAUGGUUAAAUGAUUACAAUGUUAAGUCAUUAAAGCUUUUGAUUUGUCAACACAUACACAUAUGUACCAACAAUUAGGGCGGACGUGCACACAGAUCAAAGUCUCCGUCAUAAAUAAGAUCCUUUCGUGGAAUUCAGGGACUGGACUAUGGCUUACUUUACUGUGCACAACAAAAACAGCAAUAGUUAUACUAAACCAGCAGUUCCUGGACCUAAAAGGAGAGACAUAAUCUUGUGGUAGUGAAAACAUAGUCAGGCAGAUAAGAAUGAAUUUCUGGAGGAAAAUGAAGAGGUCAGACUGGGUCUUCCCCACUGUUUUACUCUCUCUUUAUGGUUUCUUUGCCAACUGCAGACCGGCAGAGCCUUUCCUUACACCUUACUUAGUGGGACCCAAAAACAUCUCAGAGGAAGUGGUAACGAACUACCUGUUUCCCAUCUGGACGUACUCAUAUCUGGCCGUGCUCUGCCCAGUCUUCCUCCUGACAGAUUUGCUUAAAUACAAACCUUUAAUUGUAGCUCAAGGCCUUUUUCUUGUCACAAAUUAUAUAAUUCUUUGCUUUGCUACCGGCUUGACUGCUCUGACCUACCUACAGUUCAACUUUGCAAUGGUCACCUCCACCGAAGUGGCCUAUUUUUCAUAUAUCUACAGCAUCAUACCUCCUGAACGCUACCAGAGAGCCACGGGGUACGUUCGCAGUGCCAUGCUGACUGGCUAUACAUUUGGAGCCACAUUAGGGCAGUUGUUAAUAUCAUUAGCUGGCACAAGCUACUUCCAUGUAAACACUAUUACUCUGGGUCUAAUGGCAGUGGCUUUCUGUGUUUCUUUGGUCCUGCCAAUGCCUCAACAUGGAAUGUUUUUUAAGAAGAAGGAGGAGGUGUCUACGGAGACACUGAACGAGGUUGCAGGCGCAUCCGGGGGAGAAACGGAUCUAGCAAAAGAGGAUACAGGAAGAUGCUGUGCUUGGGGAAACAUUAAAACUUCCGGAAAACAAAUGUGGAAGAGUCUCAAAGAAUCCUACUCCUCCAUAACUCUGCUGCAGUGGUCCCUCUGGUGGGCUCUGGCUACAGCUGGAUAUGGACAGGUCUUCAACUACGUCCAGCUGAUGUGGGACCACAUUGAGCCCUCCAGUACGUCCUCUGUGUAUAAUGGUGGAGUAGAGGCCAUCUGCGCACUUGUAGGUGCAGCUGCAGCGUUCUCUGUGGGUUAUAUCAGAGUCCAGUGGGGCGUGUGGGGUGAGCUCUCUCUGGGUGUUUUCUCUGCCAUAGGUGCAGGGUGUGUCUUUCUCAUGGGCCUCACUGACAAUAUCUGGCUGUGUUACGCAGGCUACGCUAUCUUCAAAGCAUCAUACAUGUUCCUCAUCACGAUCACAAUGUUUCAGAUCGCAGUUAACCUCUCUAUGGAAUGUUAUGCUCUAACUUUUGGCAUUAACACUUUUGUUGCCCUUACACUUCAAACUAUACUUACUGCUGUUGUGGUGGACAAUUCAGCUCUGGGACUGGACAUUACAACACAGUUUCUUGUAUAUGGAGGUUACUACAGCAUCAUCUCUGUGCUCUUCCUCACACAAGGGCUGUACACAGUCUGUAAGCAUUACCGCAGGUCUGCAGCAGAAACAAACACAGACCGGCCUCCUUCUGCCAUUCUGGAGCAGCAAUCCACAGUCACCAUCAUAAAAUAA